GCUGUCCCUUUCUAUGCUGUCUCAUAAUGAUUUUUUUCCCGGCUUCUAGCUGACAUUUCCCGCCGACAGUGAGAGAAAACCCUGGUGACUUUUCGUGUCUAGAGUAGAGGACCGUCCUGUCGGCUCCAACAUGGCGGGGCCGCUGCUGGAGUUUGAGACCGAGAUGUUUCUGAGCCUGUUCGGCAGUGACGGGCUGCUGGUGGCGGCCGAGGGGAUGGGGAUAGACCGCAUCCUUCUGCAGUUCAUGCGGGUUUACUCGGAGCAGGGCAGCCUGGUCCUUCUGCUCAACACCACCACACCUGAGCAGGAGUAUUUGACAGAGCAAUUGCAAGUGGAAGGUGUGACCCACCUGCCCAGGACAGUGACCAGCGACGUCCAGAGCACAGAGCGUUAUAACGUCUACACUGAGGGAGGAGUGCUGUUUGUCACCAGCAGAAUCCUGGUGGUGGACUUCCUCACUGACCGCAUCCCUGCUCAUCUCAUAUCAGGCAUCCUGGUGUAUCGCGCCCAUAAAAUCAUUGAGUCGUGUCAGGAGGCCUUCAUCCUUCGUCUGUUCAGACAGAAGAACAAGACGGGCUUCAUUAAGGCCUUCACUGACAAGGCCACGGCCUUCUCCUCAGGCUUCUGCCAGGUGGAGCGUGUGAUGAGGAACCUCUUCGUCAAGAAGCUCUACCUGUGGCCCAGGUUCCAAGCAUCAGUAAACACAGCACUGGAGAGGCAUAAGCCAGAGGUGGUGGAGCUCCACGUGUCAUUGACGCCAGCUAUGAGGGCCAUACAGAGCUCCAUCCUGGACAUCAUGAGCGCCUGUCUGAAGGAGCUGAAACGCUACAACCCCACCCUGGAGGCUGAGGACCUCUCACUGGAGAACACACUAGGAAAUGCUUUUGAAAAGACCAUCCGUCACUACCUGGACCCCCUGUGGCACCAGCUGGGAGCAAAGACCAAGGGCCUGGUCCAGGACCUGAAGGUGCUGAGGGUUCUUCUGCUCUACCUCACCCAGUACGACUGCGUCACCUUCCUCAAUCUGCUGGAGUCGCUGCGCUCCAGCCAAAAGAUCUUUGGCUCCAAUUCUGGGUGGUUGUUCCUGGACUCUAGCACGUCCAUGUUUGUGAACGCCAGGAGUCGAGUGUACCGCAUCGCUGAGAGCAAGAAGAAACUCAAAGUGGGAGCAGAGGCUGAGAAACAGAAGUUACCCUCUGCCUCAGAGGUAAAACGAGAGCUGGUGCUGGAGAAGAGCCCAAAGUGGGAGGCUCUGACUGAAGUGCUGCAGGAGAUUGAGAGGGAGAACAAGAGCUCUCAGCAUGAACCAGGUCGUGUGCUGAUCUGUGCCAGUGAUGACCGCACUUGUGCCCAGCUGCAGCAGUACAUCAGGCACGGCUCUGAUCGGCUGCUCAACAGACUGUACGCCCGCACAAUCGGUAAACAGGACGCCGCUGCAGCUGCUGCCCUUGAACUUGACUCGCACAAAAAGGGCAAAGGCUGGUCCAAAAAAGGAGGCAAGGGGAAGGAGCCUGCACAGAAAAAACCCACAAAGUCCACGAAGAGGACAAGCAGACCAUCUCUGACCCUGACCCAGAUGGUGGGGAAGGAGGAGAUGGAUGAAGCAGCAGCGAUGGGCAGCAGCGGAGAUGAGGACGAACUGAUGGACGAGGACGAAGGCGAGGAAGAACAACUGAAGCUGGAUUUGUCAUCCGAUGCUUACUAUGGUGUCCUGAAGGAGCCGCUGACCGUCAUCCACCCUCUGAAAGGCUGCACGGACCCCCACAGCUUGACGCGGGUGCUGCACGAGGUGGAGCCCAGUUUUGUGGUGCUGUACGACGCUGAAGUGAGUUUUGUCCGACAGCUGGAGAUCUACAAAGCUAGCCGACCCGGAAAGGCACUUAGGGUGUAUUUCCUCAUCUAUGGAGGCUCGACAGAAGAACAGAAGUACCUGACAGCUCUGUCUAAGGAAAAGAAAGCCUUCGAACACCUCAUCAGGGAAAAAGCUACUAUGGUCAUCCCAGAGGAGAGGGAGGGACGAGAAGACACCAACCUGGACCUUGCUAGAAGUUUAGAGCCUGCCAAUGCCACCACCAACUCCCGCAAAGCAGGAGGCCAGGAGCAGCCCAAAGAGCCCUCACGAGUCAUUGUGGACAUGCGUGAAUUCCGCAGUGAGCUCCCCUCUUUGCUGCACCGCCGUGGACUGGACAUUGAGCCCGUCACCCUGGAAGUAGGCGACUACAUCCUGACACCGGACACAUGCGUGGAGCGCAAGAGCGUCAGUGAUCUGAUUGGCUCUCUGCAGAGCGGCCGCCUCUACACCCAGUGUCUCUCCAUGACCCGUUACUACAGGAAGCCAGUGCUGCUCAUUGAGUUUGACCCGGCUAAACCGUUUUCCUUAAUGGCCCGGUCAGAUUUCCGUCAUGAGAUAUCAUCAAAUGACAUCUCCUCAAAACUCACCUUGCUCACCUUGCAUUUCCCCCGGCUCCGUAUUCUCUGGUGCCCCUCCCCACAUGCCACAGCUGACCUCUUCCUGGAGCUGAAGCAAGGCCGCCUCGAACCCAAUGCUGCAGCAGCUCAGGCGGUCACAGCUGAGUCGGAUAUGGUGUCUGAAUCAUCGGGUCUCUACAACCCUGGACCUUAUGACUUCCUGUUAAAAAUGCCUGGGGUCAAUACAAAAAACUACAGGGCUCUGAUCAAAAAUGCCAACAGCCUGGCAGAUUUAACCAAACUCAGCCAGGACAAGCUAGCAGAAAUACUCGGAAAUGCUCUCAAUGCUAAGUUGCUGUAUGAUUUUCUGCAUAAUGUUGCUGAUGUUCCUGCUCCUGUGCAGAAGGCCAAACAGACAUCCAAAUGAAUGAAAGCAGGGAUUCUGAUUUAUCUUUACGUAUAAACUUUUUCUUAACGUCAGGAUUGGUUCUGCGUCGUAAAGCUGGAUAAAAGUUUCUUCAGCGCAGAGUGAAUUAAUGUAUUUAUGCAGUGUAAGUCUUUGUCUAUGUGAAGUGCACAUUACAUUAAUGUGCACAAUGAACUGAAAUAAUGCAGGUUUUUCUAUUGCACUUUGGAAACUACUCUGCAAAUGUGUGCAAGGUUUGAAACUUUUAUUAUAUUUUGAAAUA